GAGCUUCCGGUGUGAAGCGGAAGUCCCCCUGGGAGGAGCCGCCGCUGGGACCCGUGGCACCGGCUUUUUGGUGCUGUAGCUGCCAUGGGCAAAAGAGACCGGGGGGACCGCGAUAAGAAGAAGUCCAAGAAGCGGCACUACGAGGAUGAAGAAGAAGAUGAAGACGACGUCCCUGGGAACGACUCUCAGGAAGCGGUCCCCUCGGCGGCCGGGAAGCAGGUGGAUGAGUCCGGCACCAAAGUGGAUGAAUAUGGAGCCAAGGACUACAGGUUGCAGAUGCCGCUGAAGGACGACCACACCUCGAGGCCUCUCUGGGUGGCUCCUGAUGGCCACAUCUUCUUAGAAGCCUUCUCUCCAGUUUACAAAUAUGCUCAAGACUUCCUGGUGGCCAUCGCAGAGCCAGUGUGCCGACCAACCCAUGUGCAUGAGUACAAACUAACUGCCUACUCCCUGUAUGCAGCUGUCAGUGUUGGGUUGCAAACCAGUGACAUCACUGAGUACCUCAGGAAGCUCAGCAAAACGGGAGUCCCUGAUGGAAUUAUUCAGUUUAUUAAGUUGUGUACUGUCAGCUAUGGAAAAGUCAAGCUGGUCCUGAAGCACAACAGGUACUUCGUUGAAAGUUCCCACCCUGAUGUCAUCCAGCAUCUUCUCCAGGAUCCAGUGAUCCGGGAAUGCCGCCUGCGGAACUCUGAGGGGGAGGCUACAGAGCUCAUCACAGAGACCUUCACCAGCAAGUCUGCCAUUGCCAAGACUGCUGAAGGCAGUGGUGGGCCUUCUACUUCCCGGGUGACAGAUCCACAGGGUAAAUCUGACAUCCCCACGGACUUGUUUGACUUUUAUGAACAAAUGGACAAGGAUGAGGAAGAAGAAGAAGAGACCCAGACAGUGUCUUUUGAAGUCAAGCAGGAAAUGAUUGAGGAACUCCAGAAACGUUGCAUCCACCUGGAGUACCCUUUGUUGGCAGAAUAUGACUUCCGGAAUGAUUCCGUUAACCCUGAUAUCAACAUUGACCUGAAACCCACAGCUGUCCUUAGACCUUAUCAGGAGAAGAGCUUGCGGAAGAUGUUUGGGAACGGACGUGCCCGUUCUGGGGUCAUUGUCCUUCCUUGUGGUGCUGGGAAGUCCCUGGUUGGCGUGACAGCUGCAUGCACUGUGAGAAAGCGCUGUCUGGUGCUGGGCAACUCAGCUGUGUCUGUGGAACAGUGGAAAGCCCAGUUCAAGAUGUGGUCCACCAUCGACGACAGCCAGAUCUGCCGCUUCACCUCCGACGCCAAGGACAAGCCCAUAGGCUGCUCCAUUGCCAUUAGCACCUACUCCAUGCUGGGCCACACCACCAAAAGGUCUUGGGAGGCUGAGCGAGUCAUGGAGUGGCUCAAAACUCAGGAGUGGGGCCUCAUGAUCCUGGAUGAAGUCCAUACCAUACCAGCCAAGAUGUUCCGACGGGUGCUCACCAUCGUGCAGGCCCACUGCAAGCUGGGUUUGACCGCAACCCUCGUCCGGGAAGAUGACAAAAUCGUCGAUUUAAAUUUUCUGAUUGGGCCCAAGCUCUACGAAGCCAACUGGAUGGAGCUGCAGAACAACGGCUACAUAGCCAAAGUCCAGUGUGCUGAGGUUUGGUGCCCAAUGUCUCCCGAGUUUUACCGGGAGUAUGUGGCAAUUAAAACCAAGAAACGAAUCUUGCUGUACACCAUGAACCCCAACAAAUUCAGAGCCUGCCAGUUUCUGAUCAAGUUUCAUGAAAGGAGGAAUGACAAGAUUAUUGUCUUUGCUGACAACGUGUUUGCCCUGAAGGAAUAUGCCAUUAGGCUGAACAAACCCUAUAUCUAUGGUCCUACAUCCCAAGGAGAGAGGAUGCAAAUUCUCCAGAAUUUCAAGCACAACCCCAAAAUCAACACCAUCUUCAUAUCCAAGGUGGGCGACACAUCGUUUGAUCUGCCAGAAGCAAAUGUUCUCAUUCAGAUCUCAUCUCAUGGUGGCUCCCGGCGGCAAGAGGCCCAGAGGCUGGGGCGAGUGCUCCGAGCCAAAAAAGGGAUGGUUGCCGAGGAGUACAAUGCCUUCUUCUACUCAUUGGUGUCCCAGGACACACAGGAAAUGGCUUACUCCACCAAGCGGCAGAGGUUUUUGGUAGAUCAGGGUUAUAGCUUUAAGGUGAUCACAAAGCUUGCUGGCCUGGAGGAAGAAGAGCUGGCAUUUUCGACGAGGGAAGAGCAGCAGCAGCUCUUACAGAAAGUCCUGGCGGCCACCGACCUGGAUGCCGAGGAGGAGGUGGUGGCAGGGGAGUUUGCCUCCAGAUCCAGCCAGGUAUCUCGGCGCUUUGGCACCAUGAGCUCCAUGUCUGGGGCUGAUGACACCGUGUACAUGGAGUACCACUCGGCUCGGAGCAAGGCUUCCACGAAGCACGUGCACCCACUUUUCAAGCGCUUCAGGAAAUGACGUCCGUAGGGUCAUGUGGGUGAAGGCUGGGUGCUCGGCACCAACACUGGAUAGGGAUUUUGCACAUCCUCAUUUGCUCCAGCAUUGGCCAAACUGAUGUAGAUGCAACGCUUGUUAACUGUGUUGAAGAAAAUGCAUCAAGAACUUGGUUCUGUCUUCAUGGGUCGUCCAGGGCUUAAAAAAAGUUGGGAGACUCUGUUUUUGGGUUUUUUUUUUCAGACCCCUUUUCAGUCAUGGGCAGUAGUCAUUCCUGUAUAUAAAUAUUUGUAAUAUUUCAGAUGUAUUUAUCUUAAUGUUCUGAGUAAACAGAAAUGGAGCAUUUGA